AUGGCCACCCCCCGACCUCCCAUCAACCUCCUAGACCCCAUCACGCACCUCCCCCCCCCCCGCCGCAACGCCUCCCCAUCCCCAUCCCCAUCCCCCACCAAACAAACCAUCAUCAUCAUCAGCAUCGUCACCGCCUUCACCGUCUCCCUCUUCUGCCUCCUCCUCUUCCUCGCGAUAAAGAAAUACCUCGCCCUACGCCGCGCCCGCACACGCACACUCUGGACCCAACCCGAGCGCGGCGUCUUCCCCAUCGGGCCAGUCCAUCCAGCGCAUCCCGUGCAUCCCAUGCUCUCUCCCAUCCCCGAGGUACGUACGCGGGCGAAUUCGGAUGUAGAAAUGGGUCUACCGGCGGUAAUACGUCCCGCGGAGCAGCAGUCUCCGGGUCGAGAUCAAGCAAAGAAGAAGCGUCGGGAUUUGCAGAUUGAGGUUCCCUCGCCGAGGGUGUUUCUUACUGUAGAUGAGUACGUCCCCAUCCAUCGGCGAGGUGAGUUCGACGGCGGAGUUGAGAAUGCGAAGUUGACGGGUACUCUUACUCCUGGCUCUGAUACGGCGUCCGUCGCUGAGGUCAUGGUACGGGAUAGUCUCCAGACUAUCAGCACGCGGGCGUCGGUGGGACAGGCUAGGGCUGUGGAUGUGGCGGCUGCUGGUGCUGUUGUUGAGGUCGUUGAAGUGAAGGGUUCGAUCGAGCGUUCUAUAUGUCCUCGAAAGGACUAUGGGGUAGCUCAGCAGUAG